AUGGAGGGAAAGAAUCACACUUUGGUGAGCGAGUUCACUUUCCAGGGCUUCUCGAGCUUCGGCGAGCACCAGCUCACCCUGUUCGUCGUGUUCCUUGUGCUCUACACCUUCACCCUGGCUGGCAACGUGGUCAUCGUGACCGUCAUUAGUGUUGACCGCCGCCUCCACACGCCCAUGUACUUCUUCCUGAGCACGCUGUCUGUUUCGGAGACCGUGUACACCCUCGUCAUUAUACCCAAGAUGCUCUGUAACCUCCUAGGCCUGAGUCAGCCCAUCUCCUUGGCAGGCUGUGCCACCCAGAUGUUCUUCUUCAUCACCUUGGCCAUCAACAACUGCUUCCUGCUCACGGCCAUGGGCUACGACCGCUACGUGGCCAUCUGCGACCCCUUGAGGUACGCAGUCAUCAUGAGCAAAGGAAUAUGCAUCCAGUUGGUGGGGGGAGCCUGCAGCAUUGGCCUGAUCGUAGCCAUGACACAGGUGCUGGCUGUGUUCAGGCUGCCCUUCUGUGCCACGAGGGUGGCCCACUUCUUCUGUGACAUCCGACCCGUGAUGAAGCUCUCCUGCAUCGACACCACAGCCAAUGAGAUCCUGACUCUGAUCAUCAGUGUGCUGGUGAUCCUGGUGCCCAUGGGGCUGGUCUUCAUCUCCUACGUCCUCAUCAUCUCCACCAUCCUCAAGAUCCCCUCUGCCCAGGGCCGGAAGAAGGCCUUUGCCACCUGCGCCUCCCACCUCACCGUGGUCAUCGUCCACUACGGCUGCGCCUCCAUCGCCUACCUCAAGCCCAAGUCGGAGAACUCCAGGGAUGAGGACCAGCUGAUCUCGGUGACCUACACGGUCAUCACCCCGCUGCUGAACCCUGUGGUGUACACCCUGAGGAACAAGGAGGUCAAGGAUGCUCUGCUCCGGGCCACUGGCAGGAAGCUUUCCUGA